AUGGCACUGUCAAUUCUGACCGCCGUUGCAGCUCUCUUGGUCGCGCUGUGUUGUCCUGCUGCGGCCAAUCCGACGACUGUUGCAGACCCGGCCCCAGCGCGUGCGCCGUGGCCGUCGUGCGACCUCCUGUACAACUGGUACUGGUGCCGGGGGCACGACGAAGGCGGCAUCAUCUGCGCCACCAGCGUCAAGCGCGGCUCCAUCGAGCCGGUCGCCGUACUCUGGACACGCUCCCUCCAGUCGAGCAACAAAAGCCACAUCCCAGGACAGGAUGAGUUUGGAAUGAUAUACAAUUUUAUCAACUACGCAGGACAACUAAAAUUUACGCUGAGAUUUUGUUCUAAAUCGGACACAACGAAGACAGAACCCAUUGAAUGGCAUCACGAAGAUCCCCCGCCGUGCAAAAAGAACUGGUACAACUGCGACCUGGUGGACGACAGGAUCUCGUGCCAGCUGAGACUAUGUCCAUGGUCCCACGAACCACUGCUGCCGGCGUCUGGGAAGGUCAGCGAUUGGUACGGCUGUACAAAACGUGGCAACCAGGUUGAUUGUUACCUUAGCAGUCUUGGUGAGCGCAAGAGUCAUCCUCACACCUGGAAGCACGUGCUGUACCCCGAAUUCCACCACGAAUUCCUGCCUCACCACGAACACCCUGGUAUGCCGCCCGAGUUCCAUGGCCCAAUGCUGGAACCGAUUCAUGAAUUACCUCCUCCACCACCACCAGCCUGGAAGCACUGA